AAACAGCUGUGCAUGCGUGAUAUAUCUGCCGCCAAAGCUGGAAACCGGUGUCGAAGAUAUUUCUUUGGUGAUAAUUUCCUGUAUAUUGCACUGUCCAUGUGGGAACGAAAAUGCCUGGCAACUUCACAGCCAACUGUAGUCAUGGCUUCGGUAAAACUAGUGAUCAACUGGGAUGUUGCAGCAAAACGUUCUAAAGUGCCGAAGACAUGUACUUACUGCCAGGUGGAAGGAAUGAUGCUGUGCUCCUCACAUUCUUCGGAUGAUAUUUCUUGCACCUCAUAUACAACUACUUGUACAACAGAUUUUUCUGCAGCAUUAUCACCUGUGUUAAUAAAUUCCACAAAACUAACAUUGGGAUUCACAAUGUGUUUUAUAGAUUAUUUCAUUCAUCAGGUGAAGUGGUAUUGUGGUCACCAUCUAACUGGUCAAUGGGAUUAGCAUCUUUAUAUCUGCAUGCUCUUCUAUAACAGUUCUUGUGUAUGUUCUUCUAUAACAGUUCUUGUGUAUGUUCUUAUAACAUGUGUUUGAUUUCUAGAAUGGGACGAUAGCUUUUAUCGCAUCAAGCACAUUUAAAGUUGCCUUUUCCAUCUCGUUUCCAGCAACAUGAAUUGCAACUCUCACAAGUUUGCAAUAAGACCUCUUCAUAAGAGCAAUAAUGCCAUGAUCCAAAGGCUGAAGAUGACUUGUUGCAUUUGGUUGAGGUGGAGUGAGCCUUUACAUUGGUUUAGUUGAAAAACUUUUAAAGUUGUUUUAAAUGGGAAAAAACCUAAACUAACUAAAAACAGACUGAAAAACAGUUCAUUAUUCAUGAUAACUGAAAUUUGCAUUAACGAAUAAAACUUCCUAUAAGAUCG